CAGUAGCUCUUCAUAUACGGUGUCAUUGGGCUUUCGCAUGUGAAGAAUACAACCUCAGUGAUGCGUAUGACAGGAAAAAAAAUACCCUACGCGCAGGGAUAGGCAAUCAAGUGGCAGAAAGAUCUCUAAUAUCUCUGCCGACUCAAAAAGUCCUGGGCCGUCGCCGCACAAUGUUGCUCGCCCUUCCUUCCUCACGGUCGCCAUGGUGGAGAGUUUCAAUGCGACCUUUGGCUGUAUGUUCAUCGCUUUCACAAUAGACUUGAUGUGCUACGGCGCUGGUAUGCUCGUAGUAUUCCAAUAUUUCCGCGGUAACUUAUGGUCGGCGGACUCAACCGCGGUCAAGUUAAUGGUGCUUUCGCUGGCAGUGCUGGCUACAACCCACAUUGUGACUUUUAUUGCAUGGGCGUAUGAGGAUCUGAUAACACGGUUUGGGGACCUCGCGGGACUGGAUAGUAUGCCGAGGACAGCACUGGUUCAACUGUUAGCUAUCUACAUGGUAUCUUUCAUCUCGCAAGUGUUCUUCACGUCUCGGAUAUACUACUUGACACACAACUGGUUUCUCGCUGCACCUGUGGGUCUUCUUGCCUUGACCAAUAUAAGCGCCGGACUUGCCCAAACGACUCUUGCCGGUAUAGGCGGUACUUUUAGCCAUCUGAUUCAUACAGAGAAAGUUACGAGUCUUCAAUCCGCAUCAACCGCCGCGUGUGACAUGGCGAUCACUGUCAUCCUCUGCUGGAUCUUUCAUACCAAACGAACGGGUAUCAAAUCAACGGACAACCUCCUUGACAACCUGAUCAUCCUCGCCAUAAACCGGGGGGCGAUAACCAGUCUGGCGGCGCUGAUGAAUUUGAUUCUGUUCGUAUGGCGGCCCGAGGCAAUGAUUUUUAUGAUCCCGCUUCUUCCGAGUUGCCAAUUUUAUGUCCUUUCUGUUGUGGGCAGGUACGCCUAAAGCUGAACUCCCACUGUCAUAGCAUUCUCCUAACACCUAUUUCAGCCUAAACUACAGGAGAAGUA